AUCUGGUUAUUUUGGUUAUUUUGGUUUCGAGUGUGAAUUUUUUUCCUGUUGUUCUGAGCUUUUCUGUUCCAAAUUUUUGAGCUCAAAUUCAUCCAACCCAACUAUGCAACUGUAAAGUGCAAAGACUAAUCGUUGUGGAACAAUUUCUCCUUUCUUUAACUAGUGAUGAUACAUGAAAUUGUCUUCAGUCAACUAAAAUUUACGGCUCAAUCCAUGAAUGUCUCCUUGGUUACAUGUAAACAAUCUUUCAGCAUGUUAUUUCUAAUCAAGUGUUUAGUUAAAUUAUAAUGAUUCGUUUCUUGUUUAGCAAUUAACUUUUAACGCUAUUUUCAUUAAAAAACAAUGACCUCAACAAUUAAAUUAUCACACCUGAUUAGGUGUAAGUUUUCUAAAUUAAGAUCUGUACAUCGUAACUGUGAUAAUCCCUUAAACCCGAAUCGAUGGUAUUCACAUGUAUCCUGGAAAUCUUCGCAUUGUACAGUUGACCGACGAAAAUUGUUGACAUUCUCUCAGAAUCAGCAACUCUUGUCUAGUAUCGCCUGUUCCUCUAGAUCUGUCUCAUCCAAUCCACCAGUAUCAGUUGAUGUUGAUAUAGGACCGUUGAAUAUUUCAAAAAUAGCUGAAGAACUGGAAAAAUUGAGUAACGCAGAUAAGACUGGAGUUAGUCCUAAAGUUGCUGAGGAUAGCGUCUCAGUUACUGAUAUUGAUUUGACUGAAUUUACUUCUUUAGUAGAAUCUACUAUACCAGAAGCACUUUUAACUGCGACUGACGUUGGGUUAACAUGGUGGGCUCCAACAAAUCUUGUUUUCAAAUCGUUGAUGACAUUUCAUGAAAAUUUACCUUGGUGGGGAUCGAUUGUGGCACUUACAGUUUGCGUUAGGAUGAUUCUUUUGCCAGUAAUGAUAGUAAAUAUGAGAGCUACAAAAGUUAUUACACAAAAUAUUCGGGUCCUUGAAGAACGUCGCUCUGAAUUCCGAGCAGCGGUUGAAUCUGGAAAUCAACCUAUGCAAAUCAAAACCGCUAUCAACUUUGUAGAAACUAUGAAAAAAAAUCAUUUGGGAGUUUUCAAAUCUAUUGCCCCAAUGAUAGCAAUGGGCGUCGUAUUUUCUAGUAAUUUCUUUGCCAUCAGAGGUAUGGCAAAUUAUCCAAUUGAAUCAAUGAAGACUGAAGGACUCUAUUGGUUCACGGAUUUAACUGUGGCUGACCCGUACUUCGUUUUGCCGGCUUUAACAUCAUUUACAUUAUAUUUUGUUAUGAUCAGUGGAAAUGAAACUGCUCCGGUUGAUCCAAUGUCAGCUAAAUUAUUGAAAAUUAUGCCAGCAGUAGUAUGUCCGGUGAUUUUUAUUGUUGGUGCAAAUUUCCCCGCCGCUCUUGGCACUUAUUGGCUCGUAAAUAAUAUGAUUAGUUUAGGACAAGGGUUCAUUCUACGUAGAACAAAAAUCCGUGAUUUAUUCGGAAUUCCAGAUACAUCAAAAGCUGCCAAAGAAAUGUCCCAAAGUGCGCUACAAAAUACAGUGGAUAUGCAAAAAGAUAUCCAAGCUGCAACGGAGGUAAUCAAGCAAUUUUACCAAGUCAAAAUGGCCGAGAAUAUUAAACUUAAGGCCGUUAAAUUGAAAGAAGACAAAGAGAAGUGAAAUAAAAGUGGUUUCGUUCAGUGGAUUUUUUAGUCUGUGAUCUACGAUCGAUAAACAUUUACUUUUUCGCAUAUACUUUACCAGGAUAUCAGCUACUUCAACUUUCGGAUUCAUUCGAUCUUAAAGUACCGUAAUCAACUAAAUGGACGUUUACCAGCCAUUAAACGAGUAUCUGAUGACUUGGUGGAUCAGUUGGAAAAUCAACAUGAACUUUGUUGUUUACAUUUUCGGGCUUAGUUAGCUUUAUUAUAUUUGUAAAUAGUAGCCCCAUAAGACAUCUAUUUCAUCGUUGAAUUAGAAUCAGCCCGAAGUAAUUGCUGUUUGACCAGUGUAUUUUUUUCUAAAUUUUGUUAAUUUAAUAGUCUGCUCAAUAGUGUCGUCAAUCAGUCAAAUAAUUUAUUUGUAUUAUCUGAGGAAAAUAUUCACCUUUGAAAUAAAGGUUGAAAUAGUUCACCAAACUUC